AUGCUCCAACGGCCACCUGCUGUGCUGGUACAGCGACACGGAGAUGGUUGUUUCCGUAGGCUGAGACGGUGUUGCCAAUUGCGCUGCUAUACUGCAGCUCCUAUAGCUCGUAUAGCUUCCUCCACCGCUCGUCGCAACAUACCAUGGACCGCGAACUUCUCUCGAACUCCCCGCUCAACCCACAGUCUCUCCAUCCUUUCAUCUUUGCCAGCCAUGCUUGUUCCUCCGGUUGUUCUCAUAGGAUUGACAGUGACACUCUGGCUAUAUAAAUGCACUAUGAUGGUAAUCUUCCAGAACAAGAUAAUAUAUAUGCCGUCUAUCCCACCCUUCUCAAGGCAAGAGAAGAUAGCCACCUACGAGAAGGUUUGCUGGCCAAUCGUCUGGGAGGAGCAGAGAAUACAAUCCCUGGACGGAGUUGAGAUUGCUUUGUGUGUUGGACGAAAUGUAGCAAUGACGGGCGAGAAGGAAGAAAAGAAGGUGAAGGGCCCGGAGGGAGAGGUCGUGAUACUGUAUUUCCAGGGAAACGGGUCGUCGAUUCCCCCUCGUCUGCCUCAACUGUCGGCCGUGCUAAAGGCAUUGGACGAGCGGCCAUACAUCCUCAUUGCGGUUUCAUAUAGAGGGUUUUGGACUUCUCGUGGUCGAGCGUCCCAGCGUGGAAUUGAGCGUGAUGCUGUUGCUGCCCUAAACUGGGCCCGGAAGACAUAUCUCCAUCCAAAUACCCGGCUUGUCCUUUGGGGCCAAAGCAUAGGAGCCGGGGUGGCCACUUUUCUUGCAGCAUCACACCACCGACAACAUGACUGCUUGAGGCGGUCAGAACCACCAGCCUUGAUACUCGAGACGCCAUUUGUGAGUGUACGGUCGAUGCUGCUCGCUCUUUACCCACAGCGUUGGUUGCCGUAUCGAUAUCUCGGCCCGUUCCUACGAAACUGGUGGGACUCGGAGGAAGCUCUACGCUCGAUAUCUGAUACUAGGCCAAACGGGACAGGCAGGAGAAAGGUCCUAGUUGUUUCAGCGGAAAAGGACGAGCUGGUCCCUUCUGAACAAGCGGAUGCCAUUGAAAAACUGUGCAUUGAGGGUGGGAUGGACGUAUCUCGAACAAGGGUUCGAGGCGCAUUGCAUACUGAAGCUACAUUUCGAGGUGACGGGAGGAACGCAGUGGCGAGCUUUUUGAAACGACUAUAA